AUGACCUCUACAUGGUCAACGGAUAUACGAUGGUCGAAACUUCGCCAAUUUGAGUAUGGAGAACCGAACAAUCACGCAGACGAGCUAAAGAAAGCUUUACACACAGCUAGCGACGAUAGCGAUGAUGAAUGGCUUGCACAACUCGAAAGGGAUUACGCCACAGCGAAACGAAAGCACCGCGCUUACUGGACUUCUCUUGAAAAAGUUUUGACAUUAGUCCUGAUAAUCUUCGUUGUGAUAACCAUUUCGUUAGCUUCUGUUCUAAUAUAUAAACAAUAUGACAUACCACUAAUAUUUGGAAGUAGCAGAUAUCGUAAUGUUAUUUGCGAAAAUCAAGGCUGUGUAGCUGCAGCGUACAAUAUUUUGAAUCAUGUGGAUGAAAGAGUCGACCCAUGUGAAGAUUUUUAUGGUUACGCUUGUGGAAACUGGGUUAGAAAAAGCUUUACUCCCCCGGGUAGUUCAAAAUGGACAGCAUUUCACCAAGUUUCAGACAACAAUCUCAUUAUUUUGAAGAAAGUCUUUGAACAAACGCACCUAGGUGGAAAUGAAACUGCGGCAAUGUUCGCCAAAGUUAAAGACUACUUCUCAGCUUGCAUGAAUAAAAGCAUAGUUGAAAGUCGAGGUUCCGAGCCCCUGAGAAAUCUUAUCCAAGUUGUUGGUUCGUGGGCCAUGAACGACAACGUGUCAGAUGCGGGGGCUUGGUCUCCGGAGUCUUGGAAUUUCGAGCAAGCGUUGAGCAAAAUUCACAAACUGAAGAGUAUGCCUCUGUUUUAUAUGUUUGUUUCUGCGGAUGAUCGUAAUUCAAGCCAGAAUAUCAUACAGGUAAAGUACGGAAACGUUUCUUCAUUUACAUGGUUGGUUUACACACGCGCGCUUAGCUAGCCAAGGUUAGAUUUUGAUAGGAAUGAAAACACCACUCCCCGUACUUUGUAUUUCCGCGACUUACAUCAUCUUCAUUCUAUGUUUCAUUCUUUUCAGGGUUAAGAUAAACUCAAAAAAAUGGCCUGCACCCAAUGUAUAGGUCAUCAUAGCUCAGUUGGUAGAGCAGGCACCGACUAGUGCAAAGGCUAUUGAAACCCCGAAUAUUUUUUGCUGGUUUAAUUUUUAGUUGCUUAAAUUGCUAUUAAUAUUAACUGCGACGACCAUAUCUUAAUUAUAAGAAUUAGCUUUGUUACUAUAAGCCGACAAGGGUCCUAUUGAACAACGUUGUUUUAUCUCGUAGAUUCAACAAGCAGGAAUCACAUUAUCUGACCGAGAUUAUUACUACAGAAAUGAAUCGGACAAGGUAAUCUAAUAUGUCACCAUCGUUUUUGCUUUCUUCUCAAAACAUGAAUCCAUUCUCCAAAAAAUGUCCUCUUUUCAAUUGCAACCAACCAUCUUAUCAAUGUAGGUCCUGCAAGCGUACAAAGAAUUUAUGGUCAAAGUGGGCACACUCCUGGGUGGAGAACUGAAUGCAACACGCGCCCAGAUGGAGGAAGUGUUUCAAUUUGAAAAGAAACUGGCCGAGAUUUACGAACCAAAAGAGCGCCUUAGAAACAUGGAGGAGAUUUACCACAAGAUAACCGUUGCUGAUCUUCAACAACUAGCACCUGCGGUAAGAAAAUGCGCAUUGCAAGGCUGAUGAUGAGAUUCUGACGAUAGCUCAAACUAGGGGUUUUUAGAGAAAAAAUAUUAAUGGGACCAUUCUUAUGAUCAGCUUUCUGACCAGCUACCUUGAACAUGGCAGUGCGGCUGCAACUUCGUCCCCAGCGUCCUGGCAAGAGAUUGGUGCUGCUGUAGAGCGUGCGGUCAGAGGUUAGCCUGCAUGUCAGGCGUAAAAACUGGGAAGGGGAAGGACGAGAAAAACACGAAAGGGAAAAUCCUCUCUCCGUUUUCCCUUUCUCCCAUUUUUUUAUUUCGACGCCUUCCACGCCAUGCAGGCUAUCGGGAAGGGGGGGGGGGUUGCCUCCCGACCUGAUGUAUGAAUUAGAAUCUUCAUAUACAGUCAAACCUCGUUAAUACGGACACUGAGGGGGCCGUAGACAGUGACCGUAUAAACAGGGUGUCCGUAUUAAGCCUGAUGGAUUUAGAGGAAAUGUAAGGGGUUUCUUACCCUGGGACAAAACAAAUUGUCCGUAAUUAAUGAGGUGUCCGUAUGAAGCGGGCGUCCGUAAAGCGAGGUUUGACUGUAGUUAAGAGCCACACCCCUUGUUACCUCUCGAAGAGUGGGUGUGUCACUCUGGAAUCAUUUUGAAAGAAUGAGAAAGAGUAGAGAGAGAUAAAGAAGGGUGUGCUAUGCAUGUAUCUGUAGCAACUCUGAAAGGUGCAGAAUUUCUUUCUUGGAAAGGACACCUCCGGAUAUUAAUGAGAGUUUCUGUUUUGAAUAUUGUAAAAACAAAGAAAGGUCUUGUUAGAGAGAGGUGGUCGUGAAAUCGUAGCAUAUGUGCAAAGGCAGGCCUUUGACUUGAGCUUCUUGUUUGGAAUCGUUUACACAAUCAGAAUUGAAAUUGUUGCUCACAUCUGACUUCAUUUUACGUGACACUUGUUUUUUAGAUUUCGUGGUUGGAUUACAUGAACACGAUGUUCAGCAGCCCUGUAACACAUGAAGAGUACGUGGUGGUUUACACUCCAGAAUACCUGAAGAACAUGUCAAACCUUGUCAUUAUGACGGAUAGAAGGUAACGCAGUUGCAAAUUUAAUAAGAAAAUGAAUGUAAGAAGGAUAUGGUAAAACAGAGUCUUUCCGUGUCGGGUACAAAAUAAUAAUAAUAAUAAUAAUAAUAAUAAUAAUAAUAGUAAUAAUAACAGUAAUAAUAAUAAUGAUAAUAAUAAUAAUAAUAAUAAAAAGAUCUAUACCUAAGAGCAGUAAAUGAUGCAACUCCAAUGAAACGUAGCAAGGGAUUUUAACUCUCCAAGCCAUCAGACUCUUUUCCAGGCGCUCCUGGGGCAAAUUUGAUGAGAAUACAUUACAUAAAGGAUUUCCGGACGAUAUAAUCUUUCAGCUCUACUGCUCUACUACUGUCUACUAAAACCUUUGAGUAAGGUGAUCCACCUGACGCGUAAAUAAAACUUUCUGAGUUGGUCUUGCCUCAUCUCUAAUGUAGAGAUGCUUGAGCCAGACUCCAGCCGUGUAUUCAGUUUGUUUUAAUAAGCUAAGUACGACCCUUUGUCCUUUCCAGCUUUCCACCCGAGUGGGAAUGAGCCUACUAAGUCCUAAUUGGUUGAAAAAAUUGUUUGCCAAAGCUUUUUAGAUAUCGCGGCGUUGAUUUAUCACAAGGAAAAAUUCCAUGAUCAAUAACUUGAGGCAGAUAGCCUGGGUGUAGCAAUGCUCGAGAGAAUAGACGAUCUAAUGUUCUAGGACAACAACUUCUAUUGAAGCUAGUUGAUCAUUUUGUUUAACUCUCGUAGAAUACUCGCAAAUUACAUGGUGUGGCAUUUAAUUAAGCCUCUGAUAGGCGAGCUGUCCAAACCAUUCCGUGACGCAUCAUUGGAACUUUUAAAAGUCGAGAAAGGCGUAGAAGGAGGUGCGCCGCCCUGGAAGACAUGUGUCACAAAAACUAACUCAGUCAUGGGGUUUGCUACUGGAUACUUGUUCAUCAAGGAGCAAUCUGGCAAAAACGCCAAGAAAGAGGUGAUUUUGAUGUCAAAAUGUUUUACUAUUUCCCUUUUAUUUGCUCAUACUAUACACAAUGCUCUUUUAAAAUAAAUAAAUGAGGCUCAACUUCCGUCUCGGCUGUAAUCUGUUCAAGUGAAUAUGAACUAUCAAUUUGUUGCAACUACGAAUGAGGUAAGAAAUCUCCCUUAUAAAGGCGUACCUUGGUUUAAGAGGAGCUAUUCCACGAAUCUCCUCCAGGUCCAAGGGAUAGAUUGAGUUUAAGAUGGGCUAAAUAAUGUCAUCGCUCGUGGACCCAUGCAAUUUAGUGAUGCAAUUUCGCAAUUACAGUGACGACGACGAUAAAUAUAAAGGUGAUCAAAGAUGAUGACGACAGACCUCCGUGAUGAUAAUGAUAAUGAUGAUGAUGAUGGUGGUGGUGGUGGUGAUGAUGAUGAUUAUGAUGAUAUAUGAAUGGUGAUUACGCCGACGGUGGUUAUCUGUAGAAUUUUAAUUCUUUCACAUUCUUUUCCGCACCAAUUAUAUUUUUGAGUAGGCGGAAGACAUGAUAGCGGGGAUAAAGAAAGCGUUCAUAACAAACCUCCCGCACGUGGAGUGGAUGGACGAAGAAACCAAAGGCAAGGCUCUAAAGAAGGUACAGGUUACAACUGACUUUGAGAUCUUGAUUACAGUAAAGGAGAUGAUCUGAGCUUGGGUUCUUAUACAUCAUUAGAAGAAAUUAGACUCUCUUUUCACAUAUGAUCUGAAUAGAGUAAUUCUUUUAAACGAUCGAAUUGAAAAGGCUAAGAAGAGGGUUCAGUGAAAGUAUCAUGUCCACCUCUGGCAGGUUUGUGAUAACCACAUCCAGUUUAGCAAACAACCAACGCGUGCCGCGAGAGAUCGCGCGAGCGAGUCGCGAAGCUACCACCCUCGCAAUCCCGUCUCCUUUCACGCGCAGCUCUUGCGUGAAUUGGGAGCUUGCUCGCAGGCUACCAAAAGACCCAAAAGACAAACUAUGUCAAGAAAGACGUUCUUAUGAUCUGCUAAUUGAAAACACUAAGAUCAGAGCUGACAAAGGAUAACGUUUUUGCGAUUUCGUAUUUCAGGUUAUUGCCACUUUUGACAUGAUAGGCUAUCCAAGGUGGAUUGAAGAUUUGGAAAAGCUUGACAAGUACUACGAAAAUGUGAGUCUCUAAUCUGCAGCGAUUAGUUAAGAGACAUUCUGCACCAGUACCAGUCAGCAGUACUAGAACUGAGCAUGCUUGCUCUCCGUUGUUCGUAGCUCGGCUGAAGUUGAUUUGAGAAGGAGAUGAGCUGAGAGCCACCUUGUUUGGUGGUAGACUUCUGGCAUUUGUCUACGGUUCAUUACUCCCUUCAAAUUUUAACAACCCCCCAAAUCCAAUAUUUUCAAUUUUUCCAUAAUUUUGAAAAACACUGUUCGCCUCAAUCUUUAUCUAUUCAUGACUAGAAACAUUCUGAGGCAUGACUAGAAAGAUUCUGAGGCUUGAUAAGGGUACAGUAUACGCAUCAAAUGACUUACGUUCUUUUGGCAGCUAACAAUUGGUGCUGAAACUAGUUUUGAAAAUUAUCUGGAGGCAAGAAGGUUUUUUCAUAACAAGUCUAUGAUUAGACGAGGAAAGCCUGUCGACAGACAAGAGUAAGUACUUAAUAGAAACAUAUGGUAAAUUUUUGCAGUAUUGUAAGUUAUUCUUCUCUUGCCUCCUAAGUAUCCUUACUGAUGUUUUUGCACUUUCUGCAGCAUCCACGUUAAACGAAUGGAAAAGCGUCCUUCCUCAUCCCUUUCAAUAAAAGCAUAUUUAAGUGUCCCCGAUUAAUAGGCCUCCUUAGGCAUGCUAGAAGAUUUUGACACUUGAAUGAAGUUUGUAUGUAUGUAGUAUUUGACAUUUUUGAAACAUUGUUUGUUACAUCGAUCCCCAUAUUAUGCCAUAGUUAUGUUCUCAAUAAUCAUCAUCGUGAUCUUCACCAAAAUCAUGCCUCAUUAUCAUUAACAGAUCUUUUCUAUUAUUAAAUUUAUCAUUUUAUCACCAGGUGGCACAUGAGUCCUGCUGACGUCAAUGCGUACUACAAUUCUCCUAACAACUAUAUAGGUUUGUUACCUUUUAACCCUCAACUCCUCCAUUUCUGGCUGCUAUACAUUUUAGUGUACAUGAGUUUAGAGAAAUUGGGGUUAUAUCAAUCUUGCAUCCUUUGGCGGAUAAAUUUGCUAAUUCGCAUCACCUAGUCAUCAUUACUGGAUCGAUUAAUGCGACGUCUUUAUUGGUCAAUUAGAUCACAAAAGUCGGGUCCACAAAAACAUGUCACAAAGGAAUCUGACAGGCUUCAUAACCUGAUUCCAUUCUAUUAACUAUCCUCUAAAUAACAGAUAGUUUUAACUCAACUUAAUCUCUCCCUAGCUGAUGAGGUUCCUAAUUCUUCUCGUUGUUUACACAGCGUUUCCGUCCGGUAUUCUGCAGCGGCCAUUUUUCGACCCUGACUUUCCCCAGUGAGUAUGAAGUGUCAUUACUUUUACAUGCUUUCUAACCAGAAUGUGAGAGCGCCGAUUAAGAACUUAGCCCCAUUCACACCAAAGCUUAAACAUGUUUGAAGGCUGUUUAGUUGAACACGGAUAAAAUUUUUGAUUGCACAUUUAGUGCAAAUUACAAAACAUUUUGAAUUUUGUUUGAAUCCUGUUUGAAACCAGUAUUCCAGUUUUCCGUGCUGGAUUUUCAUUUUUUGAAACCUGGUUUAAUUUAGUAUGUUUAGUUGAUGUCGAUGGGGCAUUACAUGUAAAUCCUCUUUCCAGGUCAGUGAAUUACGGUGCUCUUGGUGUGGUAAUGGGACAUGAACUAACUCAUGGAUUUGACGAUCGAGGUAAGGGACUGACUCACUGACUCAUAAACGUGCAAUUUUUGCUGCUCUGCAACGCUUUUUCUAUCUUUAAGACAUUCUUUUAUCGAUUGGGUAUUAUUUAAGGGAUAAAAUAUAGAAAAGUAAUCACUAUUUUGUACUAACUUCAGGUCGCCUGUUUGACGAGCAUGGUAACCUGGCCAGCUGGUGGAACAAUCAGUCCGUGGAGGCCUUUCAGCGACAUGCUUCGUGCAUGGUUAAUCAAUAUGCCAACUUCAGUGUCGCAGGAACGAACGUAAGAGAGACUUAUGAACUAAUAUUAAUAACAGAGUCAUUGUCGACUUCCCUUCCUUUCGUCCUCUAUUUUUCCUUUAUUUAUCUAUUUAUUUAUUUAUUUUACUUUUCUUUACAUUUGAGAUAUACUCCACUUGCAAGAACUUUUAAAUUAUUUGUUAAUUUAUAAGUAAACUAGUAAAUUAGUUAAAAUAGAGGAGGGAUCAUGUUUGAGGUAGCAUUUAAGGAGCUUCAAUAGACUAAUAGAUGAUAAAUGAAAGAAAAUGAUGAAAUUUUCUAUUUUCGUUAACUAUAAAAUAUAGACAGACUUAAUUUCCUGUUUGGUCUCGUGGCAGGUUAAUGGCAAGCAAACACUUGGCGAAAACAUAGCGGACAAUGGUGGACUAAAGCUUGCAUACGCAGUAAGUUUGCUAGAACGAGACAAAGAUCAUCGUACCCUGCUAAGGCUUAGGGAAGACCAUAUCAGCGACGUGGCAAGGACAGAGGAGUCGCUAAGGGAGAAAAAGCGCACUCUUUCUUCUGGCAAACGUCUUUUCCUCCUCUCUCCGUUUCAUAAACUUACGUUGUCAAAAACUAUGCGCUCGACAAUUUUCAACACUUUUGAUAAAGGCAGGCUGAAACAUUCUCUCUUGUUCCUUGUUAAUUUUCCAAUUUAAAAACGAAAGGAAACUGGGGCACGUUAACUUGCACCGUUACAAUAGACAAGGAAAAAAAAUUAGCCAAUAGCUGACCGGCCCGUCGAUCCCAGAAACAAUAGCGGGACGCAUUUCGGCUCCAGUUGCCUUCUCGUUGCUCAAGUGGCGAAUGCAACUACCUUGUUACUAAGGCCAGGAUUUUCAUGAUGUAGCGCUGUUCGUGUUCAUGGGUUUCCACUGAAAUAAGCUAUAACCGGUGAUUUAGUGACAAACUGCUUUUUACAACAGACCUCUCUAAGAAACCAGAUUUUCGGUGUAGUCGUAAAAAGAUGUGAGUGCUAAGAGCUUAUUAUCUGGUGUCUGAUUUGAUACUACAGGCAUACCAAGACUGGGUGAGGAACAACAGCAAAGAAUUAAAACUUCCAGGAUUAGACUUCACGCCCGAACAGCUAUUUUUCCUUGGCUUUGCACAGGUAUGGGUCAUACAUCUUUUGCGCAAUUCAAGACGCGCUUUUUUUCUUUAA